AUGGAGGAUGAAAACAGUUCAGCGGCCACAAGCUCCACGAUCAGCAACAGCUUGCCAUCAUCCACUUCUCAGCCCAAUCGACAUCCUCUAUCCACCCAGCCAGAAGAUAAUCUCCCCAGCGGCAGUUCGCUCAGGACGAAGUCAUUAACGACAACCUCGGGUGUCGAUGCCACUGACUCGGAACUAAUCCUGGUGGGCGAUCGGACUUCUCCCUUUAGCCAACGUACUUUGUUCGCGCUACAGGAAAGAAACAUCGCGUACCGGUUUCAGGAGGCAACAGAUGCCCAAAAAUCUCUCGAUGCGACAGCUACAAUCCCUACUCAAUAUCUUCCUUUCUUCAUUUAUCGUGGUACACCUGUCGCCGGCGGUAGCGUGAACUUAAUCCAAUUUCUCGAAGAUGCCUUUCCCGACCACCAUCCACGCCUAUUGUCUAAUGAUCUAAUUGAAAGAGCUCGGGAGCGACUUUGGUCAGAUUACAUUCGCCAAUACGCUGUUCCACUAUUCGUCAGAGCGCUGAGGGCACGAGUCACCUUCCAUCGAUGCGAUAGUACGACCAUUGCUGGAUUGGGGAAAGUUCUAAACAACUAUUGUGAAUCUUGUAUCGGCCCCUUCUUCUCAGGUGAUCAACUCAGUUUACCCGACAUACUCAUAGCUCCAUUUGUCUUUCAAACCCGGCUUAGCGCCUUCCCUAGACUAGCCACCGCAGCGUCGACUUUGGUCGAUUCGGGAGCUGGGGCUCGCUACCAAGAAUAUGCCAAUCACUUGCUGAAGUGUCGAAGUCUGAAGGAAGUACUGCCCAAGAGUGACGUUACUAUUGAGAAUUUGGGUAUCCAAAUCCAAGCCAUGUCGAGGCGGAUAUCACCCAGUGUACCACCGCUACCUCCAGAAAUCGUGACUCAAAUAAUCGAUGAACUUGGCGACUACGAAUUAGCGGAGACCUUGGACGUUGCUCAUCACAUCCCACCCACAUCAGCCUGGUUAGAGCUCGCAACGCCGCUCGAUCGGGCGGUCUUAUCUGGUCGAUUGGCACGGGUGAUUGAAGUAUAUGCGGACGAGAAACAUGCAAGCCUUUCGACAUGGGGUGCACGAGUGAUGGUACGGUUCGGAUACAUUGCGAUGCUCGAUUAUCUGCUAUCUGUCGAGCCUGACCAACUCCAUCAGAUUUGUGACAAUCUCUUGCCGGACGUUGCAUCGGCAUGGGAGCGAGUCAACGUUUUGGAGUGGGCUCUACAUGGAGGGUUUGGGCUCCAGGCUGAUGCCAGUGAAUCAGCGAUUAACGAAGCCUCGCUUAACGGUCACGUGGCCGUCCUAGAAUGGUGGAAGAACUCGGGCCUAGCUCUCAAGAUCGGCAAUGCGAUGGAUUACGCUAGCUUGGAGAGCACGACGAUCUCAUUGGAAUGGUGGACACGAAGCGGCUUGGAAGGAAAAUACAGCCGGAUGGCGCUUCUCAAUGCUACUAAUCAAGGCCAUCUCAAGGUCUUAGAUUGGUGGCUGAACUCGGGUCUUCAACUAGUCUAUGACAAGGAGAUCUUGGUUGGCGCGACCAAGUAUGGGAAGGUGGAAAGCCUCGAAUGGUGGUUCAACAGCAGGCUUAAAGUCGCUUACACGAUCUUUGAUAUCGAGGAAGCCAUCGAAGAUUGUACUGAUCGCCAGCUCGAAGUACAUGCCUGGUGGAAACGCCAGGGUCUUGAUCAAGGUAGUGCUCUUGACUGGAAUGGGAUUAAAUUCCUAACCAACACCCAAGCUUAA